UGCCCGAGUACCAGGGGGAGCCGGACGAGAUCUCGGUGCAGAAGUGCCGCGAAGCCGCCCGCCAGGUUCAGGGACCUGUUAUAGUAGAGGACACCUGCUUGUGCUUCAAUGCCCUGGGGGGCCUCCCAGGACCCUACAUAAAAUGGUUCCUGGAGAAGCUCAAGCCAGAAGGGCUGUACAAGCUGCUGGCUGGCUUUGAGGACAAGUCUGCCUACGCGCUCUGCACCUUCGCCUUCAGCAGCGGCAACCCCGAGGAGCCCGUGAGGCUCUUCAAGGGCCAGACCCAC